AUGGCGGCGCCCACAUCUCUCCUAGAGAUGAUCUGUUCUUGGGACGUCGACGACAUCAUGGCUGAUAACCAGGCGAAAAAUGUUUGUCCACCACAUACUAAUCAAAUGAACCUCCUUUUGGACAAGAUCAAGAGCACUAAGGUCCCAAGGGUGCUAGUUUCCUUUGAAUGUGCUAAAGAAUUUGGGAGAACAUGUUCCUGUCUUGUGGUUCAAGACUGCCGAGCCAUUGUAAAAGCAUCAUUACAAAAUAUUGAAUCCUCGCUAUCUUACAGUGUGAAGCAUAUUUUGCCCACCAAAUCAAAAUCACAUCAUUUCAUUGACAUUGACCUCAGCUUGGAUCCAAAGGGAAACUAUCAUGUAGCAAGAGAGGGCGAUCUUUUUUUGUUUAGUCACUAUUCUCCACAGCAAGAAGGAUUCGAGUAUGGUUACAGAUCAUUUGGUAUUGCUUCUAAUAUAAGUCGCCACAGUAAAUUUCAUCAAGGUUUCGAGGCACAAACUCCGAAAAAGUUCAAGGUCUUCCAUUAUGCCACCUUUUUGACCAAUGUGACUGCUUUUAGCAAUGCUUGGAAUGCAGUCAAUCUGGACAACGCUGAAAGUAACUGUGCCAGAGUUAUCUCCAUUAUGAACUUACCGAAAUCGCCCAACACUGAUUAUACUCACGGCUCUAAGACAGUCGGUUUGCCUAACGCAGUCUUCGGAAAUCUGAGUGAUGAACAAAAGAACAUUGCUAGUUCUGUUGCUCGAGAAGUCCAGUGCAAAGACACUAAGAUUGUAAAGCUUCUUGGGGGCCCUCCAAGGUCUGGGAAGACAGUGAUAAUCACAGAGGUACUUCACCUUUUGCAUUGUUCGCCCGUGAAGACUCUUAUAUGUGUUCCUUCAGAAAACGAUGUCAUCUCGUUCAUGAUCAUUCUUGAAGAAUCUGGAUACCAAUUAAAUGAUAUUCUUGUUCUUGAUAACUUAGAGGGCAGAGAAGUCAGUAAAAAAGUUCGCCAAGCUUGCUUACAAGAUAGAUCACAUGAUCUCCUUUGUUGCAUCCAGAUGUUUAGACACUGGGCUAGUGAUAUGCUUUUGCUUCUUAAAUUAAAGACAUUUUGUACUGAAAAGUGCAAUCAUGAAUCAUUGAAACGAUGCAGCAAAAACAGUCUCCCUAUCUUCAAAUUGGAAGUCUUUAGGACCAGAUUUUGUACUCUCAUGACGGAUAUGGAAGAAUGUUUGGUUGAGUUAAAGGACAGAUUCUCCGAAAUCUGCUUGACAAAGGAAAAUGUGAAUGGUAUUGGAAAACUGCUCGACACUUUAAAAGAUCUGCAUCGUCUAUUAUUGGAUGAAAUAAAAGAUGAGAAGAGCGUGCAUCUGGCUUUUGGAUUGGUACCAAAUUCUCCUUUUCUUCAUGAGUGCCCAGCUGCUGAAGAACUAAACAGAGUUCGAUUGGAAUGCUCCAGAGAUUUGGAAACUUUGAAAGACUCAGUGACAUUGCCAAAACACUUUGAUGACAGAAAGGAAAUUGAAGAUUAUUGUAUUGAGAAAUGCCAGGUCAUUGUUGGUACCACUAGUUCCACCGUUCGUGUGCAUCAGUCAAACCAAAUUGAUUUACUAAUAGUAGAUAAUGCCUCUGACAUUAAACUGUAUAAUCUGAUUAUCCCUCUGAGGCUUUCAGUCAGACAUGUAUGGAUGUUGGGCGACGAUAACAAGCAACCAGAUAGGAUGGGCGGAAAUGAUGAAAUUUCUAAUAAUACUUUCCAAAGAUUAUUGCACCUGGGGUUUCCAAUGGAUAAGCUGACAGAGAGAUUUCUAAUAGAUCCAGCGAUAUUCGAGUUUCCAAAUAAGUAUUUCUAUGGUGGCAUUUUAGAUGGUCCAAAUGUUCGUACUCCCCAUGACAAUAAACAAUUGAGAAGUCUAAGUCUCAGCAAAUAUUUAUACAUGGAUGUCAGCGACAAGGAUCGGUCUGUUGAUGAUGACUCAGUCGAAGAAGAUGUAGUUCUAUACAUGUUGCUGAAAGCGUUGUACAAAUGUUGGGUAGGUGUUAGCAUGAAACUUGAUGUCGCUGUUGUGUGUCUGGAUAAUAGCCAUGCUGAUGCAGUCAAAAGGUGCCUGGUAAAUAAGCAAGGUACUCAAGAGAGAAUAAAUUUACAUGUGAAAUGUGCUGAUAGUUUGGAGGGAGAAAUGUAUGAUGUCAUAAUUAUGUCAGCACUCUCAAAAGAUCAUGAGAAGUUUGUUGAGGACCGACAUAUCAUGUCAGCAAUCACCAAAGCAAGAUAUUGCCUAUGGACACUAGUGGAUCACCUUCAAUAUCAUGGAGUUCUCAGAGAGAUGCUUUCUGAUGCUCGAAAGCGGAACUGCUUAACCUGGUUAACUGUGGCCAAGGAUCAGUUGGAAGAAACUAAUAAUUUUGCUGACCUGUUUGGUGGUAACCCUGCUUCUCAAAUGGCAGACUGUAUUCGGUUGGAUAAUAUUAUUUUUGUUCCAUACAGAUACUUGCACACUUCAUGCAGCAUUGGCAACAAUGGAGUCUUUGAAGAAAUUCCAAAUAUAAGACUAUCACUGAGAAGAACAUUGGAGAAGAAGCGGAUAUGGCACAAAGGGGUUGGAGACGCCUUGAGGCUGGUCUAUACACUCUUCAAGAGUACUCUGCAGCCUAAGUUUGACAGGCGAGAGAUUUCACUUUGA